GAUUGAUCCUACCACCAGAUGCUGGACAUAUAUAAAUGCUGUGAGCCGGAACAUUUCUAGAAUUCAAUCUAAUCGCAGGUAACACAUCUCAGCCAUGAAAACCUCGGUGAUUUGCUUGUUCCUUUUGGUCGCGGUUGCCUACGUGGCUGCUCGUCCAGAAGGAGAGACGUACACAAAUAAGUUUGACCACAUCAAUGUAGACCAAAUUCUGCAGAGUGAUCGUUUGUUAACUAACUAUUACAAGUGUUUGAUGGACGAAGGAAGAUGCACGCCGGAAGGAAAUGAGCUCAAGAAGAUCUUGCCCGACGCUCUGGCCACCGAGUGCAAGAAAUGCUCCGAGAAGCAGUAUGAAGUGACGAAGAAGGUGAUCAAGUAUCUAGUGGACAACAAGCCCGAAAUAUGGAAUAACCUACUGAACAAGUACGACCCGGACAAGAAGUACAGGGUGCAAUUCGAAGCGGAAGCGAAGAAGAUCGGCGUGAAAGUUUAAACACGUCACACGAAUAUACGCGACGGGAAUUCACGGAGCUCGAACUCAGGGACGAACGGAACGUUCUUUCAGGAAAUUAUUCACGCCCGUAAU